UUCUCUGCACAGCUUUCCCAUGGUUCGGCAUGGACAUUGGGGGAACUCUAGUAAAGCUCUCCUAUUUUGAGCCGAUUGAUAUCACAGCAGAGGAGGAACAGGAAGAAGUUGAGAGCUUGAAAAGUAUCCGGAAAUAUUUGACUUCUAAUGUAGCGUACGGGUCCACUGGCAUUCGGGACGUACACCUUGAACUGAAAGAUUUAACACUUUUUGGCCGAAGAGGGAACCUGCACUUUAUCAGAUUUCCAACCCAGGAUCUGCCUACUUUUAUCCAAAUGGGAAGAGAUAAAAACUUCUCGACAUUACACACGGUGCUAUGUGCUACGGGAGGUGGUGCUUACAAGUUCGAAGAAGAUUUUCGCACAAUUGGAAACCUCCACCUGCACAAACUGGAUGAACUUGACUGUCUUGUAAAGGGCUUGCUGUAUAUAGAUUCUGUCAGUUUCAAUGGACAAGCAGAGUGCUAUUAUUUUGCUAAUGCCUCAGAACCUGAGCGAUGCCAAAAGAUGCCUUUUACCCUGGACGACCCCUAUCCGUUGCUGGUGGUGAACAUUGGCUCGGGAGUCAGCGUUUUAGCAGUACACUCCAAAGACAACUACAAGCGAGUAACUGGGACAAGCCUUGGAGGGGGAACCUUUCUGGGCCUAUGCAGCUUAUUGACUGGCUGUGAAAGUUUUGAAGAGGCCCUUGAAAUGGCAUCCAAAGGUGACAGCACCCAAGCUGACAAGCUGGUCCGUGAUAUUUACGGAGGAGAUUAUGAAAGAUUUGGUCUGCCAGGUUGGGCUGUAGCAUCGAGUUUUGGCAACAUGAUUUAUAAGGAGAAGCGAGAAACUGUCAGUAAAGAAGAUCUAGCAAGAGCUACUUUAGUUACUAUCACCAAUAACAUUGGUUCUGUGGCACGAAUGUGUGCUGUUAAUGAGAAAAUAAACAGAGUUGUCUUUGUUGGAAACUUUUUACGAGUCAAUACUCUCUCGAUGAAACUUUUGGCAUAUGCACUGGAUUAUUGGUCAAAAGGACAACUGAAAGCAUUGUUUCUAGAGCACGAGGGAUACUUUGGAGCAGUUGGUGCACUUCUUGGGCUGCCAAAUUUCAGCUAACGCGUCAGGUUUCUCUGCUAAAAUAAAUGUCAUCCAAGAGGAACGAAAACCAGAGGCAUUGCCGCAUUAUUUGUCACUGGGAACCAAAGUAUAAAAGAGUAGCACUAAUCCUGUUGAUUUUUAAAUGUCAAAAUGGUGAGCUGCUAAACGUUGCCAUAUUAACAGAGAACUCGGUAGCAGGUGAAGUAUUUCUGAUUGAAAUGCUUUCCCUUCUGUAUAUAGUCAGUGUUAAAUCCUUAAAUGCAAUACAGCCUCUGAUUAUUGAGCUUUCUCUCAAAAAGAUUUUCUAUUUAUUUUCUGUAGCCAACAUUGCAGUACUGUAUGCUCAAACAAAUCUUAAACGUCUCAGAAAUGUUUCGCUCAUGAAAAUAAUUAAUUCUGAAUAUUUGUACGUCUGUUCUGUGUGUUUUGGUUACUAGUAAGCAGACAGUAACAUACCCUAUAUCAAAAUUAAUUGACCUGGCAAUCAAAGAGGAUCCUUUCAUGUGAUUUUAGAAAUGUCAAGGCAAUAUUAAUGAGUCAUUAUUGUCAUUUUCCUAACAUAUUACCCCCAAAAAGCGUGUUUAUGUGAUCUUUCCCCAGAAGUACAACCUUUUUCAAAUGCCAUAAUUUAAUUGAAAUACUGUUGUUAAAUAUUAGCCUGAAUUUUAAAUGAAUCCUAGAAAAUGCACAUAUUUGGUGACAUUGCACUUUCUGUAUUUUGUUAAUCAAUACACUUUAAAAUGUUUUUUUUUUUUAAUUGGAGGCUUAAUUACUUAUUUGAAAGACUGAUGAGGUCCCAGGACUGUUGUAAUGGAGUGUGGUUUGCAUGCUUUGGAGAGUUCUUUCUAUACCACCUUUAUCACAGGCCCAAACUCAGUCCUUUCUGUUUAAUUAGGUCUGAACCAUCAAAGCUAAAGACCUAAUUCUGUUAUGAACAGCAACAAAGUCACAUUUGUUUUAAAUUGAUGUUAUGGAAACCUACAGGAGUUCUUUUGAAACUGGCAUUUGGAGGCCGUACUGCAGAAUUAUAACAGGAUCAGUGUUUGACAUCCCCGUAAUAAAGAAAUUGUAGUUCCACAGUUUAUAAAUCCCUUUGCCUUGGAAUCUGUUCUCUAUUCUGAAUCAUUUUUUAUAAUGUUGUAAACCUCUUCCGAUUUUUACUUUGGCAGUAACAUUUUGGAGUCUAGUAGUUUAGCAGAGCUGUUUGAGACUGUUUGUCAUGGUUUUUACGAAACAGACUUGAGGAAACUCCACCUCCUUAAAAUACCAGUAAAUCUGGAUGUGCUUUGAAGAGCUUAAAACUGUUUACAUUACAGGAAGAAGCAUGACAGUGUGUUUUUACAGAACAGUCUUGCUCCAUGGAGUACAAUUUUCAGUAGACUAUCAAGAGGUGCUUGAUAAAGACAUUUCUCCUCAGAGUUUUCAAAAUUUGUGCUCAAAUACUUAAAAUUCGGUUUUCUUUAUCUAGAUAAAGGCAUUAAUAUGAGUAACAGGCAUGAAUAUGUUAGAGGGGAAGGUAUGUCAAUGUAAUUUUUUAGAAUUUAGAAUAUUUAGAACGGAUCCAUGUCAGUCAAUAGUCAUUUUGUAAACCUACGACCAAAGGUUUCUUACUUUCAUGUUUCCAUUGUAGUGACUAAGUAUUUCAGCCAAAAGCUACCUAUUCAGUUUAAAAGUUUGUGAUUUGGGCCUCAGUACAAAAACUUUAUUUUUAAAUGACCAUAACUUCAAGUUAUAUUUCUGUGGCAAACUGUACAUCAGCAGCUCUAGGUUUAGGUGGAAAGAAAUGGAAUGAUCAAAGUCUAUGUAAGUUAAAUUUGAUUGAUGCUUUGCUUCGUGUGAUUCAUGCUUCCUGUCCUUCAGAACCGCAGCUGCUUAUUAAAAUGCAUACAAAGGUGAGUCCCAUCUCACCACUCCCGCCCUUGGCUUUCCUCAUGUACAGAGUUCCUGGAGUAAUAGCGCAGAAUUAUGACCAAGGCUGCCGAGACUCUAGGUUUGCAUUAUGAUCUCAAGAAUUGCCAUGUGAGAAUACAGUGGAAAACAGGUUUGGUUAUAAGCCCAGUCACUAUAAUGCCUCAGAGUUCUGUGUUCUGUGUUCUGGACCAGUGCUAAUAGAACUAAACUGUGAGCACAUGAAAUUGUGCGUUUUCCAGUAGGCACAUUUAAAGGAAAAGAAACGUGAAAUUCAUUUUCAUAUGUAUUUGUAUUUAAUCCAGUAUAUCCGAUGCACUGUCAUUUCAACAUGGAACCCAUGGGGGAGGCUGUUGGGGAGAUGCUCUACGUUUGUUUGUACUUAAUAUUCAAACAAUUUGCAUUUUACACUUAAAGUGCAUCUCAGGUUAGACUGACCACGCUUGAGGUUCUCAGUGGCCACGUUUGGGUGGUAGCUGCUGUGAGUGCAAUUUAGAACUAGCUCUUAAAAUUGGGCUUUUUAAAAGAAUGAGAGGGGAAAAUACGGGAACCUUUUUAAAAAGAGAAAGGGGAAUAGGAGGUCACUCAUUUGGGCUAGUUUAUUUUACACAGGCAAGCUGUAUUUCUGACCAUUCCAGAAACACCUUACGUUGUGGCCUGGUCGCAUCGUGGUGUGUCUCAUUUCCCCCGUGAUACCGGUAGAUAAAGUGCCCAGGACACAUUCUAACUACCCUCAGCAGUCUCCAGAGUGCAUAUUUCCUUCACUGAGCAUAUGUGAUGAUUCCAGUGACGUAAAUCCCCCACCUUAUCUAAUGAAUUGUGAGGAGCCAGUUUUAAAGGAUGGAAAAGAGGCCUUGUUCAUUCCUUGUUGAGUCAAGUACACAUCCAGAUAACCUGGGUUUAAUUUUCGUUCAUAAAAACUCAACAUUUCAAAUGCAGGGAGCACUAAUCAGUGUUUUGAGGCUUCGUAAAAAACACAAGGUCUAGAACUUUCCACCCCCACCCCCAAAAAGAUUGCCUUUUAACUAGAGAAUUUUAGAACUGAUGGCUUUCAGUUCUACACCCCGACCUCUCCAAGGACGAAGCAUGAGUAGGCGUGCCUGCCUGCGGACCCGGCCGCUCCCUGCUCAGCUCCCUUAAUCAAACGCGGGGGCCCUCAGUGUAGGAGAGGCCAGUGCUGCUGCCAGCCGUAUACGUGGCGAUUGACGGUCCUUUAGGAAGGUCAGAGGACUUGCCAAAUGUUGGACUCUGCAGAGGUUCCUGAGUGUUUUGCCCUGAUUGCUGUAUUGUCAGGACCGGUCUCCGGAAGUUUCGUUUCUGUCAUUAAAAUGAUGCAGCUGAAAAGGGGGUUUCUCCUCUGUCCCACGGGACUCGCCGUCUAAGUGCGUCCAGCCCAUCUCGCCCGACCCGAGGUGCAUCCUGGGCGGAAGCUUAGCGAGGGGACAGCUUCCAGAUGUCCUGUAACCACUGAUGGUUACAGAGAAAAGUUUUCAUAUUUUGUUUAGUGUAUCAUUUUUUUUCUGGUUGAGCACAUAAUGCUUUUUAAUCUAUUGCAUUUAGGAAUGUAGUUUAGAAAUUCUCCUUCAAAGCUAUGUAAAGACUGAAAGACUAUUUGCCAGAAAAAUGAGUGUUUUUCAUUUAACUGUUUUGUGGUCUGUGUAAACAAAGUACUAGAAAUAUAUUCUUUUGUACUAAUACUCUUUGACCUGUUUAAGAUGAUUUGCCACGAAAUGGCAGUGAUGUCCUCUCUCCCCAAUAAGUUGCUUUAUUUUAGUGUUUUAUUCUAACAUCGAAAGAAUUCAGCCAACUUUUUUUCUAUCAUCAGGUAGCUCACAAAAUAAUGCGCUUUUAUACUACCACCUGUUUUCAGUAUUGAGCUUAGCAAUUGGCAAAGACCCAAAAAAGUAUUUUUUUCUUUUUUUGAAGUGUUUUAAUACAGCCUAUUUUAAAACAGUGUGUUGUGAAAAGUUAGCCCAGCUUUUCAGCCAUGUCUAAAUUUUGAGGGAUUUCCACUGUCAGAGCUCCAAUGUCCUGCACGUUGCCUCUUGUGUGCUCAGCAGACGUGGGAUCAUAAUUUGCUAUUGGAUUGGAAAUAGCACUGGCCACUGGUCUAACUUCUUUACAUGUUGUUUCCUUUAUUUGUAAAAUGAGGAAAUUGAUUUGUCACAGUGAGAUCAUCCGUUGUCACCAAGUUCCCGGGAAAGACAGUCACUGGCGUCUUCCGUGGCAGCAUUUACAGUGACUGAGCAUCUGUUCAGAUACUGAUAUCAUGUCUUGGAAUUUAUUUUAUUUGCAUAGGCCGGUAGGUGCUGGAUUCUGAAUUCUCACCAAACCAGUAGAAUGGUACUAGUUCUCUCUCAUCAUGUUGUGUUACCGCCUGCAGUGGCCUCGUGGAUACACCUUAGAGUAAUACGAAGGGGUAAAUGUGUAUUAAAGUGCGCGUGCAUGUGUGUCUACUGCAAACUACAUGUAGCUGGGUUUUCUGUUGUGUUAACCGCAGAGUUAAAUUGGCAUUACUGUGACUUCUUUUACACUCGCUCUUUCUGUAGUCGGGUUAUUUUUCUUACACAUUUUUCAGUCUUUCUGCCGCAGCUGCCACUAAUUUUGUGUUUAAAAGAGCUAAUGAGGAAUGUAUUUUUCAAAGGAGUAAAUGAAGUUAAAAAUCAAGAUUUUGAAUUAUAUAAAUGUGCAACUGAAUUUCAAAUCUAAGGUAGUGCUAUUUUUCUUUUUUUGCUAUUUCUUAGCAUCCUUCAUACACUGCAGUGCUUACAUACAGUUCCAGCAGCUUUCAAAGGGAACAUCAGCUUCUACAUAAUUUGUAAAGUACAAAUAAAUAAUGCAAAUAGUUUGAGAUUAUUUUAGCCUGCAUCCCAUCUCUGCAUCAAAUGGCUGUUAUACCUGGCAGGCAGUAGUUAUUAAGCCAUUUUUAAAUUUGCCUUUUUUUUUUUACGAGGUAUUUAGAAACAAAAGGUGACUUUGUUAGACCUGCCGCCAGUAUCCUAGUCUCCUUGUCCAAAUAUAAUGAAUGGAAUUAGAUGUAAAUCAUGUUAAGAUGGUUUCUAUCACUUUUUUUUACUUUUUAACUGGAGUCGAACGGCAUUUGUCUUAAUUGCGCCCAGUCACUGACCAAAUCCUGCACCGAUGUGGGUGUGUUGACCUUCCUUACAGAAGCCAUUUCCGUUUAAGUUGCCUUAGGCCCUCGCGUUGCCCUUGUCGAGUCUGAACUUGGUCGUGUUGGAAUUCAACAGAGUCUGUGAUGUAAAGACGUCCGAUACGCUACAGAUUUUAUUCAUAACAAACUAAGUUAUAGCCUGUGUAACCUGUAAAACAUUUUUUGUAAAUUGUCUAAUUUAUUUUUUCAUUUAUGUACAGUUUCUUAUGUAAAUUGUAAAAAUGUUUGUUGUGGCCUGUUCUGGAAACACCCUCCUACUCCUCUGUAAUGCUUAUUUGCAUGGAAGAAACUUGGGUUUCGCUGGUUUGCAGUUACGGCCGUUACGCCAGCAUCAGUACUCUGCCUUCUUUUCUGUAGGUUAACUUUUUCUAGUUUUGUUCAUAUUCUAAAUAAAUGUCAAAAUCAUGCUUAUUUCCUACUUUCCAAAUAAAUUCUCUAAGUUGUUUACUCUG